AUGAUGUAUAACCCAAACAAUGUGGCCCUGGAGUCCAGCCCAUAUACCACUUCUAUUGAGCGACAAGUUGGCCUUGACCUAUGCCAAAUGAUGGGCUACAAUAUCAGGCGAGGGAUUGAAAGGCCUGUUGGAUGGGGCCACAUUACAUGCGAUGGCUCUGUCGCAAAUCUCGAGGCAAUCUGGGCAGCCCGUAACCUCAAGUUCUAUCCCUUGUCCCUGCGACGGGCAAUGAGGAGCGGGAACGCACUCGAAUUUCUUAGGGCAGCCAGACCAGUCUUUCAAGUCCAGGUCAGCGAGGGGGUCUCAAAAGACUUCCUGAAUCUCACUUCCUGGGAGCUGAUGAAUCUCGCACCGAGUGUUAUUCUUAACCUUCCCACUCGCCUACAGAAAGAGUACGGUGUCUCACCCUCAUUCCUUGAAUCUUCUUUGCAGCAGCAUCUGGUGCAGACCACUGGGAUGAAGCUGCUAGAGGAUGAGUUCGGAAUCACAAAACCAGCCAAAUUCUUUGUCAGUGCUACUCGCCACUACUCUUGGCCUAAGGGCGGAGCAAUUACUGGCAUGGGCUCCGAUAGAUUCGUCGAUGUGAAGGUUGACAAACAUGCGAGGAUGGAUAUCACUGCUCUCAAGGAAGAGCUUGACGAGUCCUUUGGUAAUGAGACACCCGUAUUUGGGGUUAUUGUUAUCAUGGGCUCUACAGAGCAUGGUGCCUGCGACCCUUUGUCCGCGGUCAUCAGUCUCCGAGAUACCUACGAGAGGGAAGGAAAAUCAUUUGCAGUGCAUUGUGACGCCGCAUGGGGCGGCUACUUCACUUCGAUGCUUGGACGCCCCGCAGGGUAUGCCCCAUUCGUUCCUACCUUAGCAUUGAAACCCUAUACUGUCACACAACUGCAGAGUCUUCAGUAUGCGAAUACCAUUACCGUUGACCCUCACAAGUCCGGUUAUAUAAACUACCCAGCAGGUGGCCUCUGCUAUCAAGAUGAGCGGAUGAGAUUUCUGAUCACUUGGACGAGCCCGAUCGUGUUUCACCAAGGCGAUCAGUUGGAGAGUAUGGGCGUGUACGGUGUUGAGGGCAGUAAGCCCGGGGCAGCGGCCGUCGCUGCGUGGCUGUCUCAUGAAACCAUCAAGCUCACUCCAGACGGAUAUGGAAGAUUGCUCGGGGAGGCCAUCUUCACUGCAACCAAGCUGUACUGCCACUGGGCCACGAUGACGCUUGAUGAGCAAGGACGCGACAAUUCAGACCUCAUUGUAGUACCAUUGAAUAUGCUUCCUGCCGAGACCGAGAACAACAGAGAGAAACCUUGGACAUCGGAUGACGUGCUUGGCCAGAGACGGUAUAUUCAAGAGAAUAUACUAAGAAAGUCCAAUAAAGAAGUGUCUGAGAACGCUACUGCUUCUGACUUGUUAAAGAAGAUUGGAAGCGACUUGAUGAUUAACGCUUUUGCCUGUAAUUUCAAGAUUCACGGGGUGGCGAACAAGGAUGUGAAUGAGGCCAAUUACCUCAAUUCACGAAUCUUCAAGCGUCUAUCAAUUACCAGCCUGAAUGAUCAAGUUGAAGAAAAACCCAUGUUUCUUACUGAGUCUAGGUUUACUGAGAGUGCCUAUGGGGAUUGUCUUCGGAAAUACAAGAAACGUUUGGGGCUUGGAAGCGAUGCUGUCGGAGACCUGGUGUCCUUGAUAAAUGUGACAAUGAGUCCUUGGCCCUCUGAUUCCACAGCCAUGACAAAUAUGGUGAAUGGGUUCAAACGUAUUGCAGGCGAGGAGGUCCAGCGGUGUCUGAAACGCAACAUGCCGAGUCCCGAUAUCCAUGGCUUCGUCAUGCAAGGGACUCAAAAACUAUUCUUGGUUCAUCUUCCCAUGUUUCACAUGGCAAACCAUCGGCGCCAGUUCAUCAUAGAGGCCGAGAUCCCCGAGGAGGUGAUGUCGAGAUACACGGAACUCAGGACUGCAAAACCUAAUCAGUUCUUCACUCUCGCCAAUGUAGAGAAAGAACACCUUAAGGACCUGGUAAAUGCUGGGUCAUUUCAAGCACGCAUGGAUGAGGGUAUACCCAAACCCCAGCGGCCGAUAGAUAACCCCGAGGGAGAGCCAGUGAUGCCAGAUCCAUUGGAGACGGGUUUCCAGGUGACGAUUAAACGAGUCGUGGUGUCGGAGUCACUUUGUUUCGACAGUCUGAGCAGCGCAUACCCGAAGAAGAUGCCAUUUUAUCUUUAUGGCGACGGUUCGGAGUACCACAUUGAUCACGUCUUGAUGAAAUCGCCAAAUGCACAAUUGAGUGCCGAUUGUGUUCAGGUCGCAACGGCCCAAAACUAUUCGCCUUUGAGUGCCUGUCAGGAUGCUUUACGCUCGGGAAUAUUGAUCGAAUUCGACACUGUGCCUGAACAUGCGCUGCAGCCUCUGUCAACGAACAACAGCCAUAAUAUUGCCAAUUCCCCAGGCCUGGGGUUCAUUCCUGAAGCCCAAUUCAAAUUCACGGCUUAUACAGACAGAAGCGCCAGCGAGGUUCUUACAAGGGGAACCCUUAAGCUGGGGUCCAACGUAUACGCUGAUUGGCACGAACUCAACAUGGAUCCAGCAGACCAUUGA